GUGAUAGCGAAGUGUCAAAAUUUCAGUUACAAUGCACAAAAUUUCGGAAGUUACAAAGUAGACAAAUUAACAGUUUGAAGAAAUCCCCAAAAAUUUUUAACAAAGAACGCAGAGAAGCGAAAACAGCAGAUUUUUACAAGAUGACAAAAGUUCUCGAAACGAUCGGCAAAGUUUCCCAAAUUAACCUAAUGAUACCGCGACGCGAAGACAUAAAGCAGCAAUUUAGCUCGACUGAUUUUUCUCAAAUUGGGAGUGAUAAAUUCAUCUUACUUCCAGCAACUAAUAUUCUAAAAUUUCAUAACCACAUUGAUGACUCAACAGCUUUAACUGGUAGAGUUAAAGUACCGGUGAAAACUGUCUCUUCUGCGAUUCUAAAAACUGAUAAGCACGAAAAACAACUCGGCGGCUCUAGUUCCAAAACAUUGCAUUGUCCUUCAUCAAAAAAUAUUUUAAAGGCAUCCUACUAUGAUGAUGACAAAUUAUCUACGCAGCCAAUGAUUUUUAUCAAAUGCAUUACACCCAAGGGUCCUUUGGCUAGAAUUAUUCAUUGUUCAACAAAGACAAGCAAAGAUAAAACUAAUUAUUGCAUUCAUUUAGAAUCAAAGUUAAAGAAAGACAAUUCUUGCAAAAUCAUUCAGUCAAUUGAUUCCACUAAGAAGAUUUCCGAUAAAAAAACGAAAGUUCCUUGUCAACGAGCUCUUUCCAAACAAAGUGUUUCACGGUUUCGGAAGUCGAAACCGGAAGUGACACAUCAUUCCCCUCCAGACUGUGAACUUGCACGUCCAGAUAAAGCAGAUUUGAAAAUUGAUAUCUUGUUCUUCCCAGAGAUGAAAGAUGUACUUUCUCGUAUAACACAUAAAAACGGUCUUGAUCCUUUCGAAUUACCAAGUUCCGUCAAGAAACUCUCAAAAAAAUACAAGAAAUGUUCAGCCAGUUGUUGCCAGUCAGUCCGAUCAAUAUCCAAGGACGUUUGUAGCGAUUUCUUUCGCACUAAAGCUUUGGCAUUAGAUGCAAAGUCUUUGCCGAUAGAAAGAUGUACGAUGCAAAAACGUCUCAAUGAUCAACGACUUCAACGUCUGCCUUCAGAGCAGAUACUGCGAACUGAGGUCACGCGGAUAGAAUCCGCCAAGUCGGACAAAGUACCCACAUGUCAGAAGUCAGCGGUAGCCUUUAGGCGUGCUUGCUUAAAGCCUAAGAUUUCCGGGGAUACAUCGCGCUUGCCUAGUUCGCAAGAGUUGCUCGCUCGCUACGGGAAGGAUUUUAUUCCCAUCUAUCAGUUGGAAAGAUACGAGGCCUGUCGCACCAAAAGAAACGGUCUUCAAGACGAAUGUGUUCCACCGCUAUUGAGAACUAUAUUGGAAAAAGAGGAGCAGCAACGUACUUUGGACAAGUGCAGCAAGGGAAAACAGAACGUAGAUCAGAAGAGAAUGAGUGAAUCAAUGGACCCAAUUAAAUUUUUGUUGUAUGUAGAAUAAUAUUUAAAAAGAGAAUUAAAAAUGAAUUUUCUUGAACAAAUAAAUUGG